UAAGAAAAACAACAGCCGCAAAGCCUGCAGUGGAACACUGAUUAUUUCUCUUCUCUCCUCCUCUUGGAGCACGCGUAUACGUAGGUUAUUGUAUUCUUCUUUCGGCCAAGCAGCACUGCGCAUCACAGUAUACAUUAACACCACACUGAUGUGUCCUCCCGAUGGUGACUUGAUGGAGCAGCCGCUGCCUCCUCGCGCGCUCGACGGCUUCCUCGGCAGCGGCGGCGGUGAAUACUUAGUAGUGCAGGCGGCGGCGCGCGUCCGAAUGGAGUCACGGAUGUAUAUUGUGUAUACGCACUACUAAAUUAUACCUAUAUAUAUAUAUAUAAUAUAUCCUCUCCACACACGCACUUCAUACGCAUGAAUCAACUCUCGGCGCUGCUGCUGUUGCUGAUUAUAUAUGCGCUUUUCUUUCCUCUUUUGCUAUACCUUAUGCAUAGUAUACCUAUAUGUACCAAAACUUCUCUCUUGUUUCACCGUCUUUGCUUUUGCACGCCCGUUCGUGCAUGCGUGUACCUAUGUAUGUGUACACGGGUAAGGUGCUGUGCCGUGCAGUGUGUGCAGUGCACGGGGUGCACCGCGGCGCGGCGGCGGACGAUAAUCUUCUCGCCUUGGAUCGAGAGAUAGGUACUCUCUCUCUCUCUUUAUCUUAUUCUUUCUCGCGAAUCUCGCGAUAGGAGGCGAUAGGUAUUAGCACAGAUCUUUUAUUCCUGUGCCUUGGAAUUUGGUUACUCAAGUACUUGGUACUGUACUGCAGGCAUCGGGGGAUAAUCAAUUUUGACACGUGCAAGAUAUCAUUCAUCGUAUGCAACCAAGUAUUGAAAGUUUGAAGGAUCACUUAUAAUGACGGCACUGGAUUUGGAUCCACAAUUUUUGCAAGCUCUGCGUUUGCUCCAUUCCAACAACAGAGACUCUGUCGAGCAGCUACGGAGCUUGCUGGAUGAAGCCAUUCGACAAAAGUAUGGAGCAUCAAAAAUGUUAACCAACACUUUGCAUAAAAAGUAUGCCACGGAAGAACAGCUAAGCGAUCACAGUAGCACCAGUAGCAAAAAGAGCAAAAGUUCCAGCUCAUCUAAGCACUCAAAGUCUAGCAAAAACGAUUCACCCAUCAUUAUACGAGAACCAACUCCUGAUCCUCUUCAGAGUGAUGAUAAUUUAGCAGAUAUUUUGGAAGAUGUUGCAUGUGUUAUUUGUAAUGAGAUGAGCGUUGGUGCAAGGAACAGAUUGGUUGAAUGUGUCAAAUGUGGUUCUUUGUAUCACCAGGAGUGCCACACACCACACAUUCUUGACUCCCAAGUUGACAGCCAUCCAGGAGAGUGGUACUGUUAUAACUGUACAAGGACACAACUACCUCCGAAGGAAAAAGAAAGGAGCUCACCCAAGAGUGUCUAUGAAUCUAAAACCAAAGAGUACAAAAAGUCAUCUUCGUCGUCGUCAUCAUCUAGUUCCAAACAUACAGAUGGUAAGUAUAAAUCAUCCAGCUCUUCAAGUCAACAAAGUACCAUUGGUAGUAACACUAGUGGUUCUAAUUUAAAAUCUGUACCAAACAUCAAUAUAGUCAGUGCCGACAAACGACUAAAAGAUAUGAUAAAAAAGGCCAAACAGGAUAAAAGGGGCAGGAGUGGUACUUCCAGUUCUAGCAAACAUUCAUCUACUUCCAGUUCUUCUAGGAGCUCCCAUGAUAAGUCUCAUAGAAAUAAAUCAGACUGAAAUUACUUUUGUAAAGUGUAAAUAUAGACUAUAAUGUUUUACAAAUAUUUGUAAAUGAACUGUAUGUAAAUUGAUUUUGUAAAUAUCAACUCCAGGAGCAAACGAAAUUUUUUUUCUGGUUAGAUCAAUAUCAAUUUUGUAAGGUAAUUAGGUUUUAGUUUUCACUUGAUAAAUAACGUAAAACAAAUUUUACUUCGUAACUAUGAUAAAAAUAGAGCAACCACUGCCAAAUAAUUUCAAAAAGUGCUAGAAGAUCAUUGUAAUUUUUAUUUUACUUUUACUUUAAUGAUUUCUAUAAUGGAUUUAUUGUAACAUUGGGGAA